UAAAACCUCAGGGGUAGGAACCUCUCUCCUCUGGCUCUGCAUCCUGGAGAUGGCCUCACCCAAGGUUGCAGUGGUGGGCGCAGGAGUCAUCGGCCUGUCCACAGCACUGUGCAUCACAGAGACUUGUCCCAGCUGCUCUGUGACGGUCCUUUCAGACCAGUUCAGCCCCAACACCACGAGUGAUGUGGCAGCUGGGAUGCUCAUCCCUCACACCUACCCAGACACACCGAUCCAAAGGCAGAAGCAGUGGUUCAAAGAGACCUUCACUUACCUUUUUGCCAUCAGCAACUCGGCCGAGGCAUCAGAAGCUGGCAUUCACCUGGUCUCUGGUUGGCAGGUCUUCAAAAGCCCUCCCAAGGAAGAGUUACCUUUCUGGUCAGAUAUUGUGCUGGGAUUUCGACCAGUGUCCGAAGCAGAACUCCAGAAGUUCCCGCAGUACCGGUUUGGUCAGGCCUUUACGACCUUGAAAUGUGACUGCCCACCCUACCUGCUGUGGCUGGAGAAAAGGUUGAAAGCAACUGGGACCCAGAUGUACACCAGGAAAGUGUCAGACUUGUGGGAGCUGCGCAGUGAAUAUGACAUCGUUGUCAACUGUGCAGGCAUGGGAGCCCAGGAGCUGGUGGGAGACGAGCAGCUCUUCCCUGUCAGGGGACAAGUACUCAAGGUUCACGCUCCUUGGGUGAAACUAUUCAUCCGGGAUGGAGAUGGCUUAACUUAUAUCUACCCAGGAGUACACAAGGUGACCCUGGGAGGAACCAGGGAAAAGGGAAGCUGGACUCUCUCCCCUGAUGCUGGCACUACUAAAGAUAUCUUUGAUAGAUGCUGCUCCCUUGAGCCCUCACUGCAGGGAGCUCAGGAUAUCGAGGUGAAGGUGGGCCUGAGGCCAUCCAGGCAGUGCGUGAGAGUGCAGAGAGAGGUUUUGAGCCAAGGAGGAGUUAAGCUUCCAGUGGUCCACAACUAUGGGCAUGGGGCAGGUGGCUUUUCAGUGCACAGGGGCACAGCCAACGAGGCUGCUCACCUGGUGGAAGAGUGCAUUUCUGCUCUGCAAGGCUCCUCAUCGAGGGCCAAGCUUUGA